GUUUCCCACCACCAGGCAGGUCGAGCUGAAACCAAACCAGCCUUGUAAGCCUGUCAUACAUAUCUUCUAUUUCUCUUUAUCAACUGUGCAACGUCGAGAGUCUUGACAGAUAAGGCCUCGGCUCAAUUGUUCCGAGAUGCGCCAUCCCUUAAAAUUUUGACUCUUGAGGCGUUAUGUGCAUCUCCCGGGGAGAAUGUCUUUAUUGGGGCCGACGCCCGGCCUCUGCCAAGUUACCCAGCGGCGACACCGACGUUAUCCAAGGUAGAUGCAUCUUCGAUACGGCCUUUACAGCUCCACGUUGCGCCGCUGGUUGAGAGCAUCCAAGAUUUGGCUGUGGAGUCGGAUCGAAGGUUGAAGUGGCUUCCACCAGUUAGGUGCUCUUCGGAUAUGGCUCUCUGCCAUGGGUGAUGCAAUCAUGUCUCAUGGACCCCCUAUGCGUUUGGAUCUUCUCAAAAUGCACAAAACUGCGCCUGCCGCCCUCGAUGGGCACCAUGUUUUGCUCGUUCAAGGACGCCAUCCCCCCCUACGAUGCACAUGAUGGCUGAGAAACGCAACCAUGAAGAUUCUACGCCUCAGACAAUGUCAUUGUUCCGCCUUGUAGCUGAUCAAGCUCGGGUCACGCAGGAAGUCUUGCAUUAUCCAUAUCCCGGAUCAGGCACUGAGGAGGAUCCCUAUCUCGUCAGUUACAUACCCAAUGAUCCGGGCAAUCCAUUCAACUGGUCGGAAGGCAGGCGAUGGACUACUAGCCUGAUCGUGGCGACUGAAGUGUUAGCGACGGCUUUUGCAUCGAGUGCGUUCAGUGGAACCUUACGCGAGCUCAUCGUCGACCUAGGCGCCAGCACAGAAUUGAUAACUGCCGGCAUCUCCCUCUUCGUUCUCGGUUUCGCAGUCGGGCCACUCUUAUGGGCACCCUUGUCGGAGCUUUAUGGCAGGCAGAUAAUCUACAUCAUCAGCUUCGGUGGCUUCACGGCCUUCUGUGCCGGCUGUGCCGGUGCCAAUAAUAUCGGAACUCUCCUCGUCCUGCGCUUCUUCGCCGGAGCCUUUGGUUCGUCCCCGUUCACCAAUGCCGGCGGCGUCAUCGCAGAUGUCUUUCCGGCGUCAGAGAGAGGGUUGGCCAUGGGUAUCUUUGCCCUGGCGCCCUCGAUGGGGCCUACGCUGGGACCCUUCUGCUCAGGCUUUCUCGCCGAGAACCAAGGAUGGCGAUGGGUGAUGGGUCUCUUGACCAUCUUUGCCGGAGUUAUGUGGAUUCUCGGGGCUGUCUUCGUGCCCGAGACCUACGCGCCGGUCAUCUUGCGGAAGAGGGUUGCUAAGCUAUCAAGAAUGACCGGCAAGGUGUACAUGUUAGAGGCAGACAAAGGGAAAGGGGCUCCAUCACUGAGUUCUCUUCUGCCGACUGCGCUCAUUCGACCGUGGAUUCUGCUAUUCAAGGAACCGAUUGUUCUCUUACUGUCGCUCUAUAUUGCCAUCGUCUACGGCACACUGUAUCUCCUGUUCGGUGCUUAUCCGAUUGUAUUUCAAGAAGUCCGCGGGUGGUCAGAAGGCGUUGGUGGCCUCCCAUUCCUCGGCGUCGCCGUGGGCAUGGUUGCCGGGAUUGUCUUCGCCAGCUGGACGAAUAAAUGGUACACUGACGAGGCUGCGGAAAACGGCGGCGUCGCUCCAGCAGAGGCUCGAUUACCGCCGGCGAUGUACGGGGCCGUUGCGAUCCCCAUUGGAUUGUUCUGGUUUGCCUGGACCAACUACGCGUCUAUUCAUUGGAUCUCGCCCGUCAUGGCCGGGGUGCCAUUCGGCUAUGGAUUCACGGUAAUCUUCCUGGCCGUCACCAACUACCUGAUCGACGCAUACACCAUCUUCGCAGCAUCCGUUUUGGCAGCGAACACCGUCCUACGAUCUCUCUUCGGUGCGGCUUUCCCUCUUUUUACGCCAGACAUGUUCGAUGCCCUGGGUAUUCAUUGGGCGAGCUCGAUCCCCGCAUUCCUGGCACUGGCGUGCGUUCCAUUCCCGUUCAUCUUCCGGAAGUAUGGAGCCAGAAUCCGCAGCCGUUGCGUGUAUGCCGCCCAGGCCGAAGCCAUCAUGACCGAACUCCGCGCAAAGGCCGCCCGAGCCAACGAGGCCCUCGAGUCCGAAGAGGAAUCCAUUCGGAGAUCGAGCAGGACCGAUUCGGAGUCGGGGCAAGACCUUGCCGCUUCCGAGGCGAAAUUCGAGCCGAUCAAGACCAGGAAAUCGUUUGCGUCCGAGGUGGGGUCGUUGACGAGGGUCAGGUCCAAGACCGGCAGCGUCAGCGAGGCUGCCAACUACAACGCCAGCCCAUUCGAUAUCGACCGGGUGAACACGUCAACCUCCUUGGCCGGACUUGAUCUGACGAGGACAAGGACGAAUCGCUCUGCCAAUCAAUGAGACUUUUAAAAUUGGUGUCAAUGGAUAGUUGGCGGGGUUUUUGCAUUUCAGAUCAUGGGUAGCGGCGUAGCGCAGGUCGAUCUACGACCACUAUAGAGUGUACUUCACCUUGUAAUGAAUAAUCUAUCUAAUUCCACGACACAAGGUUG